UAAAUAGAAUGUCAACCAAAGUGGCCCGUGUUCUUCAUAAGUUAAUAACACGUCAUUCAUCAGACCAAAUUAUAUCUCAGUCAAGGUGGAAACCUGUGGCCCUGGGUUAGUAGCUUACCGGGAAAAUGUGGAAUACUUUGCAAGGUGUUUUAGUAAUACCGAUGUUUAUAUGUUACGGAAAUGUGGAUAAGGGCCAUUUAAGUCCCAUUACUAAGGUAGCCGCAGGGGAAAAGUGCGCGGCGCGCUCGUGACGUCAUUUCGGCGCGACCCUCUUGUAUGCGCAGAUUUUUCAGGCGGCUCUUGGGAACCAUGCCGAAAGUAGUGUCUCGGUCAGUAGUCUGCUCUGACACUCGGGACCGGGAGGAAUAUGAUGAUGGUGAGAAGCCCCUCCAUGUGUACUACUGUUUGUGCGGCCAGAUGGUCCUACUGCUGGACUGUCAGUUAGAGAAACUGCCCAUGAGGCCCCGGGACCGGUCCCGUGUGAUUGAUGCUGCCAAACAUGCCCGUAAGUUUUGUAACACAGAAGACCAGGAGACUGUGUAUCUGCGGAGACCUGAAGGCACUGAACGACAGUACAGAAAGAAAUGUGCAAAGUGUGGACUGCUGCUCUUCUACCAAUCCCAGCCGAAUAACGCUCCCGUUACCUUCAUUGUGGAUGGAGCAUUAGUCAAGUUUGGCCAGGCCUUUGGGAAAACGAACGUAUAUACUCAGAAACAAGAGCCUCCUAAGAAGGUGAUGAUGACCAAAUGGACCAAAGACAUGGGCAAGUUCACUUCUGUCACUGUGUCUACCAUUGAUGAAGAGGAAGAGGAGAUUGAGGCUAGGGAAGUUGCUGACUCCUAUGCGCAGAAUGCCAAAGUGAUUGAAAAACAGCUGGAGCGCAAAGGCAUGAGCAAGAUGCGACUGCAAGAGCUGGCUGAACUGGAAGCCAAGAAAGCGAAAAUGAAGGGGACCUUGAUUGACAACCAGUUCAAAUAACCAGGCCUUUUUCUGAGCCCUAGACUGGAGGCAAGCAUUUACAUCAGGAGGCAAAAUAAUUUCUUGAUUACAUAGACUGGUUCCUAUUUAUGUUCUAGCAGAAGGCUUUACGUUGUUUCCCAUUGGUUCUCCUACAUUCAGUGAGGACUUUAACUGAGUCCAUUUGACCUGCUUUCUAAAAGAUGGCUUUUUCUCUGAAUUUUUCUGUAUUGAGGUUUUCUGUACUAUUUUUUGUCUAUUUGUGCAAACUUCUUCAGCUGUGUAGAAACUUUAUGAAUAGAUCAGUGCUUGAGUGUCUCUAGUCUCUAAAGUGGCUGGUUUUAGUCUUUCUUCAAAGUUAAUAAUAUGUUUCAAGAUUUUUGGACAAAAUAUUAUGGUGUAUCAUAGAGAAAAGCAGCAUGAAUUAUAUUUAAGUAUAGCAAAUCAGAUCCUUUGAGUGACUCUGUCUCUGUUCUUAGAAGGGUUCUUGGAAUUGACUGUGGUUUGAAUCUUUCAACUGUCAGAGGAGACUCAAUAAAAGCCAGAAUCUGCAUAAA